ACUGAUAUCACUCGAUUCGCUGCUAUCGAACAGUUACGAAAGUGUUGUAGCAGGCAGCAUGUCCUCCAAACCCGUGCUGUUUUUGUAGGUUAUGUCGUUGUCAAUCCAAGACCAUUAAGCAAGACGGAACCACAGAGACACUUUCAGGAACCGGCAUCAUUAUUCGACGUGGACAAAGACGAACCUUCAGUACUUCUGUACAGGCUGCAUGCAUUUAUGCCGAGUUACACACAGUUAACGUAAGCUAAGUCCUAGCAGUUAGCAGCUAGCUUAACCGAGGUUUACUGGAGAACGUCUCAUAUGACACAACCUCUCCACUGUCUUGUCGCAGUGGCACAGUAAGCCCUUAACUCAGCAUGCACCCCGACCUGUCACCGCACCUCCACACAGAUGAGUGUAAUGACCUGAUAAGUCAGCUGAAGAAGUGCCACGCAGAGCACAAUGUCAUGAAAUUCUUCGGCACGUGUAAUGAAAUGGAUCGCGCUAUGCGUCAUUGCUUGAAGAAAGAGAGGCUGGAAAAACGUGAGCGCAGUAAGCAGCAUGCAAAAAUGAUGAAAACCCGACUGAAAGAGGGACCAAAGGAGGAGCUGUGAAGGAAAUUUCACUGCAGCGUUGCCACUGGAGCUGCGAGUUGAAAGCAUUCAGAUAUUGGGACAUUGAAUUUUGCUUGACACUAUGUAACAGGCCUCCACCGCUGUUCUGUGUCAAGACAGAGGAAGGGUUUUAAUGUCCGACACACUCUGGCCUUUUUAUCACCUACACAGACUAAAACUUGGAGCAGUACUGAGACAUUUUAGGUCAACACAAAGAGAGCAGCAUGGAUUAAAGGUUGCUGUUGGGGGAUCAUCAUUUAUUUUCCCUCUGUUAGCAGUGCAGCUACAGCUCAAUCAAAGAGAUUAGUGAAGCUGGUAGCAGACAGAAACCUUUUAUCAGAUCAUCAUUUUAGUUUGCAGGACACCUCUGGAAUAUUCUGGUACCUGAUUUAUUCAUUAAAACAGGGGGAGUCCAUUUCUAUCUGAGGAAACCCUGAACAGAAUGACCAGCAGCUGUGUUACUCUGUGUGUACACCCAUGAGCAUACAAUACUUGAUAAACAUAGUCAUUGUUGUUUGAAUGUUUGAGUGAGGAAUCAUAUUGAUUUGUUACAUGUUUGAUUUCUUUCAAAUAAAAUUAAACAGCCUGUUUAUUUAAGAACCCAU